UUCCUCACAUAUCUCGUUAGCCUUAUUUUAAUCCACCUCUACGUGAUGUCAUUUAUUUAAAAUUAGAAUUUAUAUAAAAUAAGAAGCUAAAAUAAAUUUUCAUGGAAAAAGGAACAAGUAGUAGCUGGAAAAAUUAGACUUAGCAAAGACUAGUGGUGUGUAGAAUUUCAUCCACUAAAUUUUCUGGCUGCACCCCCCUUAUAUAUACAUUAGAUCCUCAUAUGAAGUAAUAAUUUGCACAAAGGCUUCAUAUUCAUAAAAUGGAAGAAAAUAUUGAAAUAAAGAAAUUGCUCGAAGUUGAUGAAAAGCAAACAUAUGAUCACAACAAUAUAGAUUUGCAAAACACCAAGGAAACCUCAUCCUUUCAUAACAAUACCCUAGGAUCUACUCUUGUAUUAAGUUUGAGCCUGAAUAACACAACACAACCUCCUCAUCAAAUUCAAGGAAAUCCCCAAAUCCAAAUUGGAAAUAUACGAGUGAAGCUAGAUGAAGCAAAGAAGGAGAAUGAGAAUUUAAGAUCUAUGCUAAAUCUGGUCAACGAACGAUGCAAUGUUCUUCAAAAUCACCUACUUUUGGCAAUGCAUAUGCAUCAAUUAUCUUCAUCGCCUCAAAAUAAUCACAACAUGCCGAAGGGAAGUAGACAAGAUGAGGAGGAACCAAUCUUACCAACUCGACAGUUCUUAAAUAUUGAUGAGCCUUCACCUUCAUAUAGUAGCAAAAAAGAAGGAUUUUCCUUAGUAGAAAGCAAUGAGAACAACAAGGGAAGAAAGUUUGCAUGUGAGGACAUUAAUAUUAAUAAUGAAGAUAGUAUUAAUCAUGAAGGUGAAAUUAAUAGCAAAAUAAAAUCGCAAGAACAAAUGGAGGAUCAAACAUCUAAGGUUACUUGCACGAGAGCUAGAGUGUCCAUAAGGGCUCGAUCACAUUUUUCUUUGAUGGUUGAUGGAUGUCAAUGGAGAAAAUACGGUCAAAAGACAGCGAAGGGCAACCCUUGUCCUCGAGCUUAUUAUCGUUGUAGUAUGGGAAAUUCUUGUCCAGUUCGUAAGCAGGUACAAAGGUGUUUUAAGGAUGAAACUAUUUUCAUCACAACCUAUGAAGGAAACCAUAAUCAUCAACUUCCACCAACAGCAAGACCAAUGGCAAGUUUAACAUCAUCUGCACUCAACACACUCCUUUCUACCUCAACAACAAAUUUACAAUAUGGCAACACAUUCAUCUUCUCUUCACCAUUUUCACCUCCAAACUCCACAGCUAUAGCUACUUUCUCACCCUCUCCAACAUGUCCUACAAUAACACUUGAUUUCACAAUUCCCUAUAGUAACAAUUUCCAAUUCAAAAAGAACACUUCCACACCAUUAUUCCCUUUUCCAUUGCAAUCAUUUGAAGGGUUUCCUUCAAUGAUAAACAAAGAGAGGAAACUUGCAUUAGUUGAUGUUGUGAGUGAAGCUAUAGAAAAAAAUCCUUCUCUCAAAGCUUCAUUAUUUGAAGCUAUGUCCUCAUUCACAAAUGUAAAUCCUUUAAACAUUAACAACCAUAUACAAAUUAAGUAGUAAGAGUGGUUAUGAUCGAUCAACCUUGUUCUAUACCGCCUCCGGUUCCGCCUCAUCAGCCUUACACUACUCAGCUGAUAUGAAUAUCGGAUUUGGAUCCUCUGCCGCAACGAUGCACCUUGUAAAAAAUGUCCAGUUGAUAUAGAAUAAUUAUAUAUAUAUAUAUAUAUGUAAAGAUGGGAUUCAGAUCCUCUACACAAUGCAGUGUAUAGGGAAAAAAUAAUGUGUACAAAAGUGUGGUAUUUCAUGUUGUGGUGUGUUUUUCUUUAGUAAAAAUAUUUGUUGAAACGCGUGAGAGAGGAUCCGAAUCCAAAAAGUUGUUAUAUAAAUAACAGCAAAAGAGGUGAAGUUGUUAUAGGUAAAGUUAAGUUUAUGAGAAAUCUACUUCAUAUUUACUCCAACAAAGACAUUAAUCCAUCGAAGGCUUCGUUCGGUUCUUGGUCAUGUAACUAUUAUCUAUCUCGAUGGUUAUAUCGUAAAGUGUUAAUUAAUGGAUAUCUUUGUUAAUAAUA